AUGCAGAGUCGGCGACGUAACUCUGCUUUUAAGCUACUUGCAUACUCUAAUGAGCUUUUGGAUGGGAAGCCGCUCUAUGCCUCUUCUAAUUGUCUUCCGGUGAAGGCUUUAAACCGUGAACCUGCUGGUCAUGCGUUCCAUGCUGCUGCUCUCGAACUGCGUGGUUGGGCAAAGGAGACCACAGACAAGAAGGAAGAUGCCUCCGAUAAGAAAGUUGGGAGCGAGAAGGAUAAGGAUUACAUUCCUUCCUAUGAUUCGUAUAACAACAAAGCAAAGAAGAAGUCUGGAAAGCAACAACAAGAUCACUAUGGUUUGUUGGGUUUGGGCAAUUUAAGAUAUCUUGCUACAGAGGAUCAGAUUAGGAAGAGCUACCGUGAAGCUGCUCUGAAGCAUCACCCUGAUAAACUUGCUACUCACCUUCUCACCGAGAAGACAGAAGAAGCCAAGCAAGCCAAGAAGGAUAAGAUUGAAUCUCACUUCAAGUUGAUUCAAGAAUCAUACGAGGUUUUGAUGGACCCAACAAAGAGAAGGAUAUAUGACUCUACAGAUGAGUUUGAUGACGAAGUCCCAAAAGAUUGUGCUCCGCAAGACUUCUUCAAGGUCUUUGGUCCAGCAUUUGAGAGAAACGCAAAGUGGUCUGUUAAUCCGCGUGUACCAGAUUUGGGAGAUGAGAAUACACCGGUUAAAGAUGUUGAUAGCUACUACAAAUUUUGGUACGCUUUCAAAAGCUGGAGAGAGUUUCCUGAAGAAGAGGAGCAUGAUCUUGAGCAAGCAGAAUCUCGUGAGGAAAAGAGGUGGAUGGAGAGAGAGAAUGCAAGAAAAACUCAGAAGGCUAGAAAGGAGGAGCGUGCUCGGAUUAUGAGUCUUGUUGACUAUGCAUAUAAGAAAGACCCAAGAAUACAGAAAAGGAAGGAUGACGAGAAGGCAAAGAAGCAGCAGAAGAAAGAUGCUAAAGUUCAGGCCCAGAAGAAGCUGGAAGAAGAAGCUGCUGCAGCUAUUGAAGAAGAGAAGAGGAGAAAAGAAGAAGAGGCCAAACUUGCUGCAGAGGCUGCUCAGAUGCUAAAGAGAACCAAGGAAAAAGAGAAGAAGCUUCUGCGCAAAGAACGAAGUCGGCUCAGAACUCUCUCUGCACCUGUUCUGUCCCAGCGUCUGCUUAGCAUCUCUGUUGAAUAUGUGGAAGAUCUAUGCACGUCACUUAACACCGAGGAGUUGAGGAGUCUGUGCGACAAGAUGGAAAACAAGCAUGGGCUGAAAUUGGCAAAGGUGCUCAAGAAUGGGAACAACAGUGUGGAUGAUGAAACAGAUGAUGAAACAGAGAGUAAAGAUGAGGAAGCAACGACUAAAGAAGAAGAAGUGGUAGUUCAAGUUGCUGCUAAGCAGAAUGGUCAUGUAGAAGCCAAUGGAGUUUCUACUCUGAACAAAGAGAACAAGAACAACAACUCUGAACCAGUUGCUGCUGCUGGUUCAGACCCAGACGGUUGGUCUGCUGUGCAAGAGCGAGCUCUGCUUCAGGCUUUGAAGACGUUCCCAAAGGAGACAAACAAAAGAUGGGAGAGAGUGGCAGCAGCUGUUCCAGGGAAAACGAUGAACCAAUGCAAGAAGAAGUUCGGUGGCCUAAAAGACAUCGUCAAAAGCAAGAAACCCACAGCCUAA